UCACUGUUUUGGUAAGACUGGCGUUUUAGUGAUUUAUCUAGAUUAACCUAAACACAGCGCAUUAUAAAACUAGCACUACGCGUCCAGUUUUGUAAUCUGCUGUAGCGAUUUCAUAGAACUUUAGUCAUGUGCGCGCAAAUAUGUGAAUCACUGAGUGCCGAGGGUCGCUGCUAAUAGUCCGCUGUUUGACAUGGCUCUUUUGGAUUAGGUUACUUUCCGGUCAUCUAAAGUUUAUAUUUCUAAUUGAGGUAGUCGUCUAGUCGUUCAGAGACCAACGACUAUGGACCAAAACGACCUGGACACGUCGGACCGCUAUGUCUUCGACGCUCCGAGCGAAGUGGUGGACCUCGCCGAGUUCCACAACGCGCCCUCUGACGACACCUGGUUUGAGAAACGUGAGAGUGGAAGUCUGUGCUUGUCUAUGAGUGAAGCCCUUCGUGAAAGCCCACACACAGAGGCUCCUGCACAAGUGGACAAAGAUGCCUGUCCUCCCUCAAACAUUGUCACAUCAUGGGGUGAAUCCAAACUCAUCACUACCAGCAACCAGCCACGCAGGGUGUCAAAACGCAAGAUUGAGAUAUGUGGUCCACCAGAGAAGAAGCAAAAAAAGAGUCCAGUUGCUCAGCCGCUCCGAAAGUCCAGUCGCAUCAUGAAGAGCAAAAGCCUGAGGGCCACUCGGAGUGCCUCCAGUCUGCACACAGCACCCACUGAGCUGUCUUCUGAGGAGCUGGAGCUGGAGAGGAUGAAGAAACUGCAGAAGGAGGUGGCUCUGCAUCGCAAGAAGAACGAGGCCAGCUACAAAGCGGCGUUAGCUGGAAAUCCACCAGCAAAGAAGAUGGCCCUUACCACCACUGUGCCCAGAGAAUUUAGCUUCAAGACCGACGCUCGUAUUAAAUCCUCAGCUUCAACACACACCACCGAAGAGGUCAACUUCAUAGAGCAGCUGCGCAAGCGCUCCUCCCCCGCCAAGUCUGUGAAAGGUGCCACUGUGCCCAAGCCUUUUAACCUAUCAGCCAGUAGGAAGAGGAAAGAAGAGUCGGCGUCCUAUGUACCCAUGGCCCAGCAGAUCCAUCAGUUCCAGAAGCGGACUCCUGACCGCUUCCACCAGCCCAGCCGAAAGAUGCAGGAGAGAGGCCCAUCUCCUGUGAAGAGCUCUCACCACAAACCCAUUGUGAGGGAGCCUACCAUCCCAGAGGGCUUCCACCUGCAGAUCGAGAAGCGGCUCCAGGAGAGACAGGCCAAGAAGCCCCCUGCAGUAGAGGAAGAGGAGCCCCCACACAUCUUCAAGUCCCACCCAGUGUCCAAGAAAAUCCUGGAGGGAGUGGUGGGCGUACCAGAGAAGAAGCUCCCCACUCUGACAGUCCCUGAGUCCCCUGCCUUUGCUUUGAAGAAGAGGGUGCGCGUGGAGCCUGCUCCUGUCCAGGUGAAGCCCCCAUCCCCCAUCAAACCCCCCCCGGUGCCUCACUUUGGGCUGCCCUUCCAGCCCAAACUGCCUGAGCACCAUCAGGUGGAGGUGUGUCCCUUCUCCUUCGACAAAAGAGAGCAGGAGAGGAGGGCGCUUAAGGAGAAGAAGCUGGAGCAGAUGAGGAAUGAGGAUGUUCCUACGUUCAAAGCUCAGCCACUGCCCGACUUUAGUACAGUGGUGCUUCCAGAGAAGAAGAAGCCAGAGCCCACAAAGCCCGAGCCCUUUCACCUGCUGAUCGAUGAACGAGGAGCACAGAAGAGCAGCCGCUGGGAGAGCAUGGUCCAAGAAGAGAAGAAACAACAAGAGGAAGCUACACAUUUUAAAGCCAGACCCAACGUGGUCACGCACAAGGAACCGUUCAAACCGAAGAAAGAGGACCGUGCAGAAACAUCCCUCAGCACAGCCGCGGGCUUCCAGCUGCUGACGGAGCGCCGAGCUCGUGAGCGCCAAGAGUUUGACCGACAGGUGAAUGAGAAGGAGACUCGAAGGGCGCUCAUGGAGGAGCAGCAACGUAAGGAGGAGGCUGAGCGGGAGAAGGAGGAGAUCGCCCGGCUGCGGCAGGAGCAGGUGCACAAGGCCCAGCCCAUCAAACACUACCGAUGUGUGAAGGUGAAGAAGAGUGAAAUGCCCCUCACUGUGCCCCAGUCCCCCAACUUCUCUGACCGCUUCCGAAUGUGACCUUUCUAUUGUUAUUUUUAAAUAUUUUUAUUGUAUUGUUAUGUUACAGUUUUUACCUUUUUGACUUUCUUGAAUAAAUUCUGGCUGAUGUGAUUGUCCUAAUAGUUGUAUGUAUCUCUGGCGUUGUCCUGUGGCCUCUGUAAAUGUCUGUAUAAACAUUCUCCAUCUCAUGAGUCUGACUGGAUGUGUCUUGUUUAUUUGACAGACAAAAUACAGUAAAAAUAUAAAAAACUGUAAUAAAGUGAGUCUUGACUGGGAU